AUGAACCAUGAGUUUGACGGUUGUCUGCUCACUGAAGUUCCUGAACACAUAGAGAAUAUGCACGACAAUCCAGAGGCUGUUGGUAAGGAAGCUCUUUGGUAUAUGAAGAAUAACAUCUGCAACAAUAUCAUUAGAGCUACUAUGUCUGAGGCCAUAGAAGGAACCAUACCUGAGAUAGAACUUGCAUAUACCCUAUUGCAACAUCUUGAUGAAAAAUUUAUGAAAAUAGAUAAGUCUAAAUCUCAUGCUUUAUCAUUGGAGUUCAGCACCCUGAAGUAUAUUGGGGUUGGAGGUGUUAGAGAUCAUGUUCUCAAGAUGGAAUGCAUUGUCAACAAACUCAAGGAGCUAGACUUUGUUCUUCCAGAUAAGUAUAUGGUUAAUACAGUGUUGCAGUCUCUCCCUCCAAUAUUUAAUCAGCUUAAAUCGAGUUAUUUUGCUCAAAAGGAUAAUUGGGGCUUAAUUAGCUCCUAG